CCUACAUGUCUCACUAAACUACCGACAUGAGAGGAUACCGAGCCAUCAAGUACACUUUGUUCGUCUGCUGCUACGUCUUCUGGGUGGUGAGCGCCAUCCUCACAGCGGUGGGGAUUUACGCCAAAGCUGCCAAGGAGAAAGAUGUGGUGGACACCCUGACAGUAGACCCCGCCCUGCUGCUGAUCAUCGUCGGCUCUCUCAUGUUCUUCAUCACGUUCCUGGGAUGUUUCGGUGCGCUGCGUAACGCCACCUGCCUGCUGAGGGCGUUUCUAGGCAUCCUGGUGGCCGUGCUGCUGCUCCAGGUCGCUGCAGCCGUGGUGAGCUACCUGUUCACUGACCAGGUGAUGGGGAGGACGGAGAAGCUGAUGAUGAAGGCGGUGGUCGGCUACAGGGAGGACCAGGACCUGGAGAACGUCAUCGACUUCAUCCAGAAGAAGUUCCAGUGCUGUGGUGUGCAGAGCUAUAAGGACUGGUCAAAGAACGUUUACUUCGACUGUUCAGACUCCAACCCGAGCCUGGAGGCCUGCGGCGUUCCCUUCUCCUGCUGCAUCCUGCUCAGCAACCAGACAGUCCUGAACACCAUGUGUGGUUACGGGGUGCAGCAGCAGGACCAGAGCUCGGCCAGGCAGGACGUCUUCACCGUCGGCUGCCUGGACAAAAUCAUCUGGUGGACAAAACACAACCUGAUGCUGGUGGGCGGCCUGACCGCCGGCCUGCUGCUGCUCGAGGUGUGUAUGAUCUGCCUGGCCGCCGCUCAGAUCUCCAGAAUAAAGAAUGUCCAGGAACAGAGGAAACGAAACAUCAUGAGAAGAGACCUGGACCGGAAAGACAGCUACUGGCUUCCUGCUUUCACCGACUUCUCAGACGAGUGACCAAUCAGAAAACUGACGCCAGAUCAGAUCAGAUCAG